AUGAGAUGUGUGGCGAGGCAGGCGCGAUCCGCGACGGCCAGAGGCCGAGGCCUCGGUGCCAGCCGGCAUGCCAGCAGCGGCACUCAGGUGGAUCAGCCAGACCCUGGCCCUGUCCUGGAACGCCAUGAGUUUGUGGUCCACCCCAGAGAUGUCCUGUCCGCGGACCAGGGCCGCAUGCGCCUGGACGCCUACCUCUCCAAGAUGCUGCCCGGCGCCAGCCGGGCGCGCCUGGUCUCCUGCAUCCGGUCGGGGCUGGUGGGCGUCAACGGCGCGCCCCCGCCCAAGCCCUCCACCCCCGUCCGCGCCGGCGACGUCAUCAGCUGCGGGCUGGCCCCGCUCCCUGCCUCCCGCGCCCUGCCCCAGGACAUCCCGCUGGACGUCGUGUACGAGGACGCCCACCUCCUGGUCCUGAACAAGGCGGCAGGGAUCGUGGUGCACCCCUCCGCGGGCCACGCCGACGGCACGCUGGUCAACGCGCUGCUGCACCACUGCGGCGUGCGCGGCAUGGAGCUGGAGCCGGGGCACGCCGCCCCCACGGCCCUACUGGGCGGGGCUGCGGGCGCGGCAGAGGACUCCGAGGACGAGGACGAGGACGACGACAGCGACGUGGAGGACGAGGUGGCGUCCUCGCUGGGGGAAGGGGGGGGGGCGCUGCGGGGCAACGGUGCCGGAGACACACGUGGGGUGUCUUUGCAAAAACAUACCAGCCAUCAACCAGGCGUCAUCCGGCCCGGCAUCGUGCAUCGGCUGGACAAGGGCACCACCGGCCUCCUGGUUGUCGCCAAGACAGAGGCGGCACGAUUCCGCGCUCGCACGGUGCAGCGGCUGUACCUGUCGGUGACGCUCAACACCCCCCACCCGGCCCGGGGCCGGCUGGAGACCAACGUCGGGCGCGACUGUGCGAGCCGCAUGCGCAUGGCCACCUUUGCCGCGGCCUCCUCGCGCGGCCGCCUGGCCAUCAGCACCUGGGCCGUGGAGCGCGAGCUGGCGGGGGGCGGCGCGGCGCUGACGCGCUGGCGGCUGGGCACGGGGCGCACGCACCAGAUCAGGCACCCAGCCACGGGCGAGGCGCUGGCCUUCCAGGCGGCCCUGCCGCGCGACUUUGAGGAGCUGCUGGCGCGGCUGGAGGACCCGGUCUGGCAGGAGGCGGCGAGGCGGUGA